AUGAAAGGUUCAUCUAGUUUAAAGAAUGGGUAUGCAAAAUUUCAGCGGUACUUCCCAUGUGAUAAGGUACUUGCCAAGAGGAUCUUUAAGUCGACGGUUCACUCCACGGUUGCCUUAAUUUUCUGUUUAAUCCCUAAGGUACGAGAAAGAUUGGGAAAUGAACCUGCGAUGCUACCUUUGAUAUCAGUCAUGGUCCACCCGGGUCGUCGUGUUGGUGGAACUAUACAGGGGGCUAUAUACUGUAUCACAGGGUUAAUCUUUGGGCUAGCUUUUUCUCUUCUAGGGAGGUUUUUGGCGCAAAGGUGCUUGGGGUCUACAUGGAAUAUCUUAGAUGAGAAAGAACAGUUAGUUUCAAACUAUAAUAGCUACAGAUCUGGAUUAGCAAUUUUAUCCGUUUUCGAAGUAAUCAUGCUUUUCGUUCAUGGAUGGAUGAGAUCUGUUUCCCAUCAUUAUUUUGGCAUAGUAUUCCCCUUAUUUCUAGUGGUUCAUUUCGCAUUUCUAGCUCCGCUAUCUAAUUCUGCAGCUGCAAUUGCAAAUUCCUUUAGUACACCUUUCUAUUUAGGUAUUGCUAUGUCCUUGUUCUGGAAUCUUACAUUGUUCCCAGAGUUUGGUAGUACGUAUUUAGGUAACACGACAGUGUAUACCUUAAACGAAAUCCACCAUUCCCUCAACAACGCGAUUAAUUUCUUCUUAUCCAUUGAUGAAGAGUCCAAAAAAUUGUAUGCAGCAGAUACAGUUUCAUCGGCUAAACUUUUGAAGAUGAAGGAUAAUGUUGCCAAGAAAGUUUCGGCAUGUUCAGCUGUUACGGAAGAAUGUAUUUACGAAAUUUCUUAUUCAUACAUGUCGCCAACUGAAUUGAAACCAGUUACAUCUCGAUUCAAAGAUCUUGCAAUUUACGUUAAUGCAAUCAUCAACGCCUGUCAAUUAGAGUUUAUGCUUCUUGGUCAUACUCACAACGAGCACGACCUUCUUAAUAUUGAUACUGAAAAGGAAAUUCGUCAUGCAGAUGCAGCUAAAUUGACAAAAGUCUUGUUAAAAGUGAGAAUUCAUAUCUUUCGUUUGCAUAAAACUUUAAGUGACUGCUUUUAUUUGGUAAAAGUUAUUCUUGCUAGGGAUUUUGAUGUUCAACUUGAUAAAGUUCGCAUCCCAAAAGCAUUUGAAAUGGAUGAUUUUCCUCAAUUCAAGAAUCGGGACGAUUUGCCAAUGCAUAUCGACACAGAAAUGUAUAUCAAUAAGUUGGUCAAAGCCUUGGUUCAGUUUGAUCUUUCUUUCAGAGAAGAGUUAAGCAAUAUUGAUGCAGAUUUAUUAGAACCAAAUGACGAGAUGUUCUUGUUAGCCUCAUUCUUAAUGAAUUUCAAAGAAAUUACAAACACCAUUAUUUCAAUUAUGAAAUCAGUCAAGGAAAUGCAUAUCAAACGUAUGGAAAGAGAGGAAAAAGGUUGGUUUAGAGGGAAAUCAAUAUGGUUUGUGGCUUUGCAUAAUCGUGCCAGCUUUAUUGAUUGGUUUUAUGGCUCUCAAAGGAGAGCUCAAAGAGGAACAGAGAAUGACAGUUUGGGCGGAGGUCAUUCCAUUCAUUUUAAUCCCGAAACCGUACCAUUGAGACCAGACUAUGAAGAAGAUGAACUUUUAUCUCAGCAAGCGUCAAGCCACGUUAAUUUAAACGAAUCUGAAAGUUCUGGACCUGUUUUGCCAAAGAAUAAUACUGAUAACUCAACAGAAGAUAUAACUAGCCCCUCUCAAGGUUUUAUAUCCGUUUGCAACAGGUGGUUCAAAAAACUAUUAUUAAGUAUCAAUAGAUUUUACAAAUCCUCAAGGAAUCAUUUCCGUUUUGGUUUACAAGUAACGGUUGCUUUGAUGCUUGCCUCCUUUCCAAUGUUUGUUCCAGAGUCGAGAAACUGGUAUGUCAACAUACACGGUGCAUGGAUUGGAUUCGUAUGCAUCUUAUGUCUUGAGCCUUCGGUUGGUGGUACGUUCUGGGUUUUCUUUCUUCGUGGAGUCGGUGUAAUUGCAGGUGCUGCAUGGGGUUAUCUUUCGUACGUUGCUGGAAUAAAUCAGACGAACCCUUAUUUGGAAGUCAUUAUAACAAUUUUUGGAGCAGUUCCAGGCUUUUACUUUCUCUUGGGUUCCCCAUACAUCAAGGCUGCGAUCAUUCAAAUUAUUAGUAUAUAUAUUGUGAUGUUGGCUGCCAUUUUACCUGGUUCUAUAAAAGGUUCAAUUCUUCAGAACUUCGCAAAGCGUUGUUUAGCUGUAGGAUACGGUGGAGGAGUUGCGCUUGUGGUACAAGUCACAUUAUUUCCUAUUACAGCUAGGGAUCAGCUCAACGCAGAAAUAGCGUUUUCAGUCGGAUGCUUAGCUGAAAUGGAAACAUUGUAUGCGGCUGGUAUUGAGGGAGAAGCACUAAAACUCUCUCUAUCAGAUGAAAAGUAUGAAAGGUUCAGAAAGCUCUCAGAGGCUACCAAGUCAGCCCUAAGUCGUGCCACAUCAUACAAAGGAUUGACUAGACAGGAACCUAGAUUAAAAGGUGAAUAUACAGAGCUUGAAAAUGUCUUCACUCAAAUCAUAUUCAUUUUGAAACAAGUUGUUGAGAGGUUAGAUAAUAGCGUCCUUUUAAGACGACAAUAUGGAAGUGCAAUUGCUGAAGAGCUAAAUUCUAUUGUCUAUCCGUAUAGAAGACAAUUUGUCGCUUCGAUCGUUAAUAUAUUAAGAGCCGUCCAGGAGGCGAUAAUCAAUAAAACACCAAUGCCUCAGUAUCUUCCAAGUUCUAGGAUAGCUCAUCGGAGACUUAUUAAUAAAGUUCGAGAAACAUUGAAAAUUAGAUAUGGGACACAGCUCCAUAAGCCCAACACGUCUGAAAAUUCUGGAGAGAGUUAUUUACGCAAGAAUGGUAACAUUUACAAUUUGUCAGAUUCAUCAGAAUCCGACGAAGAUCUUGGUUUGAUAAUGAAACCCAAGCGUAAUAUUAAUGUCAAUAUGAAAGAAAGGCAAUUUAUCCUUAAAGAAAAAUUCUUAAGUUGGAGUGCCUCCAGUUCAGCCAGCGAAGAAAUUAUUGAAUAUAUUGAAGAAUUGGUUGAAUUGACAAAAAUUCUUGUCGGUGUCAAUGAGUUCAAAUAUGGAUUUCUAUCACGUCCUUUAUAUGAAGAUUGGGCUGCAGAAGCUGUUGUUGGAUUUGCAGAUUUUGUGAACCACACGCAAGCUCCUCGAAAACCACCGACUAGAGGCAGAGAGUUAGAUGAAGAUGUUCCCUCUGAAAAUGAAAUGCAGUCUCUUGAUGAGGAUGCCGUUGAGUCUAACAGUGAUGUGGAAGCUAUUCAGCCUGUUGCGUUGCCAACAGAUGAACAUGUUUCAAGAACUUUGGCCAGAAUGGCAACUAACACCACCCAGCAUUCUCACGGUGAAUCUUCUUCCAAAUGGAGGCGCAGAGCUUAUUCUAUUGGCUCUGGAAUGGGAACCGACGACUUGAAUAGCUUGACCAAGGUUCAUACUUUAGGCGAAGCCAACAUAGCGUAUUAUGAUGAAGACAGAUCUAGUGAAGAGGAGGAUGAAUUGCCGUUGGUACUGAAAAGAAUUGUUAGUCAUAAAAAAUAA